CUCGGACUGCUUCCGUGUCGGAUUGCAGCUGUUGUUAGUGGUUGAAUUUUGCAUUUUCUUGUUUUGAUUUGAAGCUUUGGGGUAUCAACUGGCUCAAAGGUCAAGAAACAAUUAACUGAAGCAGUUGCAGUUCGAUGAUGUCAAGGAACUGGCAGCGAAAGGCGAUUUGAACUAACAAACGAAGAGCAGAGACUGAGACAGGCUCAAGAAACGACUCCAACUUGUUGCACAAUUUUCAUUGCACGGCGAAGAAGUGUCGAAAUUUCGCUUCUAACUUUUCGAAGCAUUUAGUUACAAACUAUUUAACCUCACUGAAGGAGUGGAAGCAUGAAGCUUUACAGCGUAUCUGUGUUGUAUAAAAACCCUCAUGUCGCUCAGACCCUGAAGGCAGCUCAGGAUUUGCAAAGUUUUGGCUUCUUUCAGAGAGGUAGUGUCCAAGAGUUCAUGACAUUUACAAGCAAGAUUCUUGUAGAACGAUCACAGCAGUCUUCUCGGCAGUCUGUGAGGGAGCAAGAGUACAUGUGUCAUGUGUAUGUGAGGUCAGAUAACCUGGCAGGAGUCGUUAUCUCAGACCAUGAGUAUCCACAGCGUGUUGCUCACACCUUGAUCACAAAGAUCUUGGAUGACUUCACUGAAAAUGUUCCACCACAGAGCUGGCCUACAGGCACUCCAGAAACCAUCAACUUUACUGGCCUUGAAGCUAUGCUGGCUCGAUAUCAGAACCCCAAGGAAGCUGAUGCAAUGACCAAGAUCCAGAGUGAGCUGGAUGAGACAAAGAUUAUCUUGCACAAUACAAUCCAGAGUGUUCUGGAGAGAGGGGAGAAGCUAGAUGAUCUGGUUUCCAAGUCAGAAGAUCUCAGUCUACAGUCUAAGACCUUCUACAAAACUGCAAGAAAAACCAACUCUUGCUGUAAUCUGGGGUAGAUAUGAAGAGCCUGCGAUGAAAUGGUAUCAUGUGUGCAUUAUAAAUGUGUCACAUGUGUCUGUGUAUUUUGAAGCAUUGUUUAUGAGAAGUUUCAGUUUAUUCCAUUCCAGGAGUAUGCUGGUAGGUACAGUGAUGGCCAACAUGGAAGCAUUCUGGUCCAAAGGUUAAAAGUUAAAACUUAUUGAAUACUGCUGGUGUGUGGUCAAUGUGCCUCUUAUAGGCAGUUUUAUUUGCCUAAAGCUUAUGAUCAGUUGUCUGUGUUUACCUUAUGUUGACCAUAUUUUUGUGACAUCUCCAAUGCUAUCCACAGUAGUCUUGCCCUAAAAAUUUGUCACCACUUGCUGGAUUGUGUUCAUGUAUGCUUACCCAGAGGCUUGGAGAGCCUCACCAUCAUGGCACAUAGCCAGACAUUGUGUGGUCAAUGUUAGUAGCUGUUAAUAAAUGUACAUUGGAUGCAAGACAA